AUGGCUCGAUACGGGAUGAUAGGGAGCAGAAGGAGAGAUGAGGAGGAUCCUGUGCUGAUGCAUCAGAAGUUUCUCCGCGUCGCCUCAACUCACCCAGCCUAUACCCCGCUCUUCCACCGGGGGAUGAUGUUGGACAGGCGAAAGGCAGACGACAGUAGCGAAGUAGCAGUCAGUCCAGGGUCGGGCGGAGCUCGGCCGAUUGGGCUUGGGGAGAAGAGGAGAUGGGGAUGUGGAGGUUUCAGAUUUUUCGGUCCAGUCAGCUGUGUGUGGGUGGGGUGGGAGUCAAAGCGCAAACCGUCCACCGAGUCUCUGUCUUCCUCUCUCAACUCACUAUCUGACAGUAUCUAUACAGUACGUAUUGCGCGGUACGGGCGAAACAGUGAAGACUCUACCUCUUUAUCACCCAUAAUCGAGCUCAAGUACCUCCCUCGAACUUUGCGGAUCACAUCAGCCACUCCCACUCUCUCCACCAUGUCCAGCAUCUCAUCCUCCUCUACCGUACCCCCACGCCCUACCUCGACUAUCCGCGCGGUGCUUUACAAGAACAUCGCCAAGAUGAUCACUGCCCAAGCCAUCACCGACUCGGCCCUCACGCUGGACCCCAAACGCAAACCCAGCGAUAUCCUCUUUAUCCUCGACGCUGCGGCGGGUCUUACAGCGCACGAGCUGAGACUGGGCGAUGUGGGAGUGGUCAGGCGGGCCAACGAGUUCAAUACGCUCGGGGAUAAGCGGUUAGCGGGGACAUGGAAGAAUGAGUGGGACGAGGUGGAGAAGCAGAGAGCGAGGGAGAGGGCGGAAAAGAAGGAGAGGGCGGAGAUGAUGGAGAAACUGGGAGUGACGGAGGCGGAGCUGGAGAAGGUGCGGAAGAUGCGGGAGGAAAAGACGAAUGAGGAGAUACGGCCUAGAAGCCGGAACCGGGAGGAAAGGGGAGGAAUCAGGGAGUGGGAUGAGCCGCAGGCGAGCAGGAAGGAGCAGCUGGGGAUGGAGCGGGAGUCGAGAGGGAGUCGGAGGGCGCGAUCAAGGGUGUCAGCGUCUGCUACUGAGUCUGGCGAGCUCUUGGCGACCAAGAUGGCGGGCAAGGUGGGGGACAAGGCGGUAGUUGAGCCGAAGGGGAUUCUCGAGGCGGAACGACACGGUCUUCAGCCAACCUUUCCCCUCCCUCCUCACCCGUCGCGCGGACCGCAUACUGCCCCUGUAUCUGGCGGCUCUACCGUCGCUACGGCUCCUAUACCCACCAUCGCCGCUGUCUCCUCCGCUCCUGCUCUUGCUCCGACCGGCCCUUCCGCGAUGCGCCAACCGGCCGUACCUCCAUCUGCGCCCGCACCGACCAAGAUCCCUACUCCGCGGCAAGCGGCAGCGCUCGCUCGUGCUCGCGAGGUCCUGAUCGGUAGCCAGCAGGUCCGGCAAGCUCAGAAGUGCAUGGACAGCCGAUCAGCCGAGUCGGUCAGCUCCACCUCCUCCCGCUCGGUCGGUACCGGCGUAUCCCCCGCACCCGCUAUUGCCGUCCGCACCGGUCACUCCGUCUCCCCUGCCGAGGGCGUGCCUGCCGUCCGACCUAUGCUCGGUGCACUGUCGAGUACCCAGCUCCCCUCACCUACUCUCACCUCAGCCGGAUUGGGGAUCAGCAUACCUCCCAACCCUACCUCUACCGCUGGACGCGCAGCCGCGUGGGCCAGUCAGUAUCCCACUUCCUUCCCAUCAGCUCGUCCACUCCAGCGACUCGACUUUGCGCCGCCUCUCUUCAACGCUCGAGCACCAGGGCCAUCGCUUGCCGUAAGAUUGGCGGUUGCUCGGGCGGAGCAGGAAGCUACGCGGACUGCGGGGAACAGAGGAGAGGCGGGUGGUGGGGUGAAGGAUGUGCGACGUCAGAAUGGGGAUACUGGCGAUACUGGUGGUGAUGGAGAGUCGGGCAAGAAGGCGGAUGCGGACGCGAUGGAGGGGAGCAAGCGGGACGAGGAAGAUAGCGACGGGUCAGGUGUCGGUGAGCCUGUCGCCGAGAGAGAGAUGGAAGAUAGGAGGGAUGGCAGGAUGACGGGAAGUCAGCUCGGACGGAAGAGGGAAAGGGAGGAGUCUGGGGAGAUGGAUGAGGAGAGGCGGGUGCGGAGUAGGUUGGAGCAGGGUGUGAAGCAUGAGCUGGGCGAGGAGGGGUCUUGCCAGGAGGAAAGGGAGGGACGGAAGGUGUUAAACUUUUUGGGUCUCUCUAUGCAACAAUAUGCGGUCAUCGUUGCUGGCGUCAGCAAGAGGGGUGAGGCGGAGUUUCUCCCCGAGGGUAAAUAUUUAAGUGGGAGAUCAAAGCGUAGAGGGGAUCUACGCUUAGAGGGGAUCUACGCUCAUGCUACCAGGCCUGUACAUCCAGAAUAUACCAAGGUUCACCAGGCUACAGGCGGAGAUGGUCCAGCACCUGAAACGCCACAUCUCGGCGGGACGUGUUUCGGAUUUUGGCUCAGCCAGCCGUGUAUUUUCAACUUCACCUUCAUCCUUACAGGAUACGCGACUAUACUAUCUGGCGUACAUCCACUCCCGGACUCCCGGCAAUCCUCACUGAUCCCAAUCCCCCUUCGCUCAUCCAAUCACUCAGACCAACCUCAUCCGCCCGACAUCAUGCCUGGCCACAAGCGCUGCCAGAAGUGGCUGUACCGCAACAUCGUCAGGAUCGUCACCGAACAAGCAGUCGCGGACUGGAAAAAGCUAGGCAACGGUGAAAUUCAAGUCCCCACCGACGCCCUCAUGCUACUGAACGCCUGCGUAUCGAUCACCGCCUAUCAGUUGAGAACAGACGAGGGUAGUGUGCGGGACUCAAACGGGUUCAGUCAGAUCAAAGGCAAGAACAUGGCAUUGGGAGGGGAGAAUAGGUUCAGCGGGGUGGUGGAGAUGGUGAAGAGGAAGACAGACGAUAUAAGAGCAAAGUCAGAGCUGGAGAAGGGCGGGAAGAAUUCGAAGGCGGACAAGAAGGUGGUGGAAUCGAGAGUACGACAAGAGGAGCACAUCAGAAAGACGAACGAGAAGGAGGAAGAGAGGCGGCUCUUCAGUUUCAAGAAGGAGCAAGAGAGGCUCCUCUUUGGCGACUGGAAAGUGGAAGGGGAACGCGAGGGUCAGGCGGUUGCGGAGGCGACAAAGGCGAUGUCGAAGAAGGAAAAGAAGGCGAAGAAGGCGAGUGCACGUGCUGAUCUUGAUAACCACCGCACUGCACAUGCUUCCUCUCUAUCCAACGCAAACGAGAUCAUCAAGUCAGAGAUCAUCGAUCCGGUUGCCGCGCAUCACCUCCCUCCUCAGCACCCCAGUCGCGCUCCCUCCUCCGCUGCCCUCUCUACGACCGCUCGACAUUCGUACUCAGACCGCCAGUCUACCAUCCAUCGCGAUGAUGUAGGCGGGGUCCCUGCUGUAUCAGGCGCAGCGGUGGUCAAAGAGGAGAAAAAGGAAGUUAGAGUGAAGCGCGAGAGGGAGGAGACUGGAGAGAGCGGAUCAAACAAGCGGGUGCGGGUCAAGAAGGAGAUGACGGUCAAGCUGGAGGUGGAGGAUGUGGAUAGGCUGGUGUAG